UCAAGUUGCAUCGCUAGCUGACUUUGUUUUACCAGUUUUGACAAUGAAACGCCCGCGUUCUGUUCUUAUCCUCCUUCGUUUACUUAGAAGUUUCCUGAUUCAAGAGCAAAUAGGAAUUUGGUUAUAAAUUCACUGCCUUCUUUGUUUGGACAGAAUCCAAAUUUGAAGACUUCCUCUGUUUCUCGAUCUUCAAUGGAUUUCUUCGGCAAAGCCAAGACCGUCCGUCUCCGUAGCCACCACGACAAGUACCUCGUCGCCAACGACGAUGAGGAGUCUGUCAACCAAGACCGUGGCGGAUCCUCCAAUACAGCUCGCUGGUCAGUCGAGCUUACAUCCGGCCCCACCUCUGAUUCUAUCAUCCGUCUCAAAAGCUGCUACGGCAAAUACCUCACUGCUAGCAAUCUCCCUUUCUUGCUCGGAAUGACCGGCCGGAAAGUGCUUCAAACCCUUCCCCGACGGCUCGAUUCCUCCGUCGAAUGGGAACCCAUCAGAGAAGGGUCACAGGUCAAGUUGAAAACCCGAUAUGGGAACUUCUUAAGAGCCAAUGGGGGUCUACCGCCGUGGCGAAACUCGGUCACCCAUGAUAUUCCGAGUCGAUCCGCUACACAGGAUUGGAUCCUCUGGGACAUCGAUGUUGUUGAGAUUCAAGUCCAGUCUUUUAUUCGUAAAGCUCCCACGAUUGAGCAUAUGGAUUCUCUGGAUUUCAAUCCCGGCUCGCCCCCUUCUACAUCAGGCAAACCGGCGCAUUACUCAAGACUUGAGUCUACUGAUUCAACAAUCAGUGUACCGCCCAAAUCUGAAGGAAGGACUGUUUACUACCAUGUGGCUGAUGAAAGUGGAGAUGUGGAUGAAGAUACAGUGGAGGGUUCUUGUUUUACAUUCAAAGGAAGUGGGGUGGAGGGCCUGACUCGUAAACUGGAGGAAGAAACAGGGAUUGAAGAUAUCAUCGUGUGCACUCGCAACCCAUUGAAUGGAAAUCUUUAUCCCCUUCGCCUGCAACUUCCUCCCAACAAUGCUACCAUGCAUGUGGUUGCUGUUCCCGAGUCAUCAAAAUUGGGGCAGGAGUUUGCAAAGCAACGUUUAUUAUGAACUCAGACAAGUCUCAGACCUUGGUUCAGACUCACUCAGAUUCACACAGAAAUAGUUACAACAAAAGGGUGUUUAAAGCCAUAUGUGUAGUCUUCCAUAUCAGUGAUUGCAGCUAAAUUCAGGAAGCUUUUUGUGUAAUUGAUAUUCAAAGCUGUUCUUGAAUUGCCAUAGGAAGGGAGAUAGUUCUUGCAGUCUUGACUUUAAGGCAGACUUUUUGGAAAGGUUCCAACUCCUGUUAAUUCAUGUUGACUUGGCAUAUCAUUGAAUUAUUUCAUUUCUGAACAGUUCCAACCUGCACUUUUCAAACAAUUGAAUAACUUUAUUGGC